AUGGCAGAAUCCCACCUGCAAUCACCACUGAUCUCAGCCUCACAGUUUUUCGAGAUCUGGCUUCAUUUCGACGCUGACGGUGAUUAUCUACUCUCUCUCUCUUUUUCUUUUUUUUUUUUCCAACUAUUUCAAGAUCCGAAAAGGGCUGUAAAUGAGCUAUCACCUGAAAUGAAGACUUUUGUGGAUCAGUAUGGGCAGAGGGAUGAUGGAAAAAUAGGAAUUGUAGAGUUGGCUCAUGUAUUACCCACAGAAGAAAACUUCCUACUGCUCUUCCGAUGCCAGCAGCUGAAGUCUUGUGAGGAAUUCAUGAAGACAUGGAGAAGAUAUGAUACUGAUCACAGUGGCUUCAUAGAAACUGAGGAGCUGAAGAACUUUCUAAAGGAUUUGCUAGAAAAAGCAAACAAGACUGUUGAUGAUACAAAAUUAGCUGAGUACACAGACCUAAUGCUGAAAUUAUUUGAUUCAAAUAAUGAUGGGAAGCUGGAGUUAACUGAGAUGGCCAGGUUACUACCAGUUCAGGAGAAUUUUCUUCUUAAAUUUCAGGGAAUCAAAAUGUGUGGGAAAGAGUUCAAUAAGGCUUUUGAGUUAUAUGAUCAGGAUGGAAAUGGAUACAUAGAUGAAAAUGAACUAGACGCUUUGCUGAAGGAUCUGUGUGAGAAGAAUAAACAGGAUCUAGAUAUUAAUAAUAUUCCAACAUACAAGAAGAGCAUAAUGGCUUUGUCGGAUGGAGGGAAACUGUACCGAACAGAUCUUGCUCUUAUUCUCUGUGCUGGUGACAACUAGUCAGGUGACCAUGACCACUUACUAGCGAUACAUUGUAUCUAAAAAAUAACUGUGCACUAUAAGGGAGUAGGCUGUAUUUUCUUUUAUAUCUGUAAAUUUAACUGCAUAUAGAUAAUUAUCCAGGAUGUGUGGCACUUUCUUUUCAGCUUGUUUCUAUACUGUUUGUAAUGUACAGUUUUUGUAACUAUGAUUGAUAAGCAGAAUGUCUAGGCUUAGGCCAGUCAAUAUACCCAAUCAAAAAUAAUUAUCUAAUAUAGUCUUGCUUUCAGAAAUCCUGUUGCACAAGAUUUCUCUAAAAAGUCUAUCAGGAUUAAUCUCGAAAAUUCUAGUCUCUGAUUCAUAAAUGCACAUUUGUCAUUGAAUAGAAUUAUAUGUAACAGGCUAAGCAGUCUUAUUUCAGACAACCUGAAGACUGUCCCACAAAACAUUUCUAUGCAAUGUUUCCAACUAUUAAGAUUAAAGUGCUUUUACAGCAAAAAUAUUCACCAAAAUAUCAAUAAACAGUUCAUUUUGGCUCUAUGAAAUUAACAGUCUCACUAAGAAAUAUUUAGUGUGUUAAUCAACAUGUCUAUUGCUUGAAUUUAUACCAAGCUAUUGGUUGAAGUUGAUCUGAUGAUCAGGAAAGGCAGAAUGAGACUUGAUACUUAAAUCUGUCUGAUUCUAUACCUGUAUUUCCAAUAAGCCCACUGUCAGAAGGUAUGACCUUAAUCCAUUUUCCAAACUUUUCUCAUGUGUUGCAGAUUAUAAUCAUACUAGUAAACUGCAGUUUU